AUGUCCUCCAACGGAUCCCUUCACCUUUCUUCCAUUGAGAACACCCUCAUCGACCGAUCCAUACAGACCUCUCCCUCUUCCCCCUCUUCUGAGUCAUCCCUCACUCCCGCAGAAACAUACAUACAGUCGGGAUUUGUCACAGACCGACCCAUGAUGAGUAUGAGAGAGUUGGCAUGGGAGCAGGAAGAGAUCGCAAGAAAAUACCAAGCCCGAGUCGACGCCAAUGCGGCAGAAGAAGCAGCUACCGCACGCACCCCUAGUCCUCCCAUCCUAUCCACUGUAGACAUCACAACAUCCCGAACAACCUCUUCCUCCCGCUCGCCGUCUCCUUUCCCGUUGAUCCAUGAAGGGAACAAAGGAGUCGUAUUUCCUGAUAGAGAGACGUACUUGAUGACCCCUGUGUCUUACAUGAUGGGACUUAUUGAAGGUACACUGAACACUGAGUUUGUGUCUGGACCCACAUGGCCAGAGGUACGAAGGGCUUUGGAAAUCCUAGAGGAAGAGAGGAGUUUCGUUAGGCAUGCACAGAGAGCCCUGCAGAUCAGGGAAGGAACACUCAUCGCUCGCAUCAAUGCGGGCGAGAGGAGACUCAUGGGGCUAAACCAAACGACGCAGCUUUGCGACUCUUUUCAUCCGGCCGACGACAACCCCGCCACUAAGUACCAUAUGCCUACCACGGCUGUGGUAUCUAGUGCCUCGUCUUCGGCCUCAAAUGGAGCACCACUUUGCCCAAUGCCGGGGGCUUAUCCCACGAGACAUUGCGGAUGGGACGAUGUGUAUAAGUUCACACAAAUUUCUCCCCGCUACCACAUAAAACUGCUGGGGCAAACAACGGUUUGA